GGAUCGCAAUUCCCGCACGUGUCCUUUCCGUCAUGGCACCGAAGGCGAAGAAAGAAGCUGUGCCUGCUAAGACCGAGGCUAAGUCUAAGGCCUUGAAGGCCAAGAAGGCUGUUCUCAAAGGAGUACACAGCCAAAAGAAGAAGAAAAUGAGGACUAGUCCAACCUUCCGUCGCCCAAAGACCCUGCGUCUGAAAAGGCAACCCAAAUACCCCAGGAAGAGCGCGCCUCGUCGCAACAAGUUGGAUCACUAUGCCAUCAUCAAAUUCCCACUCACCACAGAGUCUGCCAUGAAGAAGAUUGAGGACAACAACACCCUGGUCUUCAUCGUUGAUGUUAAGGCCAAUAAGCAUCAGAUCAAACACGCUGUCAAGAAGCUGUACGACAUUGAUGUGGCCAAAGUCAACACGCUCAUCAGGCCUGAUGGGGAGAAGAAGGCAUACGUUCGUCUUGCACCAGAUUAUGAUGCAUUGGACGUUGCAAACAAAAUUGGCAUCAUCUAAACUGCUCUUGGUGGUAUAUGCCGAGUGUCAAAAUAAAAUCUAAAAAAAAAAUCUAAA